ACAACGCUACGGCGUUUUCCCACUCUCUCCUAUCCGGUAAACAAAUCUUGAUUAGCAGCGGUCAUUGUGUUACUUUCUUAAACGUUUACAGCGGGAGACAUGUCGGAGUCGGUGUCUACUUUUUUAUAGCGCACAGGCGGCUGUCUUUUGGACCUAAAUGGGAAGUCAACUUGCCUCGUUUCUGUUUUGCAGCACGCCAUGCGGGAAUAGAAGCUCCAGGGAGGUGCCAUGUUAGCCACACAAACUCCAGACGUGCCCCAGGAGGCUAAACAUGUCAAACAGAUCAAGGAGAAGUUGGCGCAGUCGCUCAAAGCCCUGCAGAUGUGCUAUGUGACGUCAGAUGCGGUGGUCACCAGCGAGGAUGCCGACGCCAACCUUCUCUGCUGUGCCCUGGAGGCCAUCUUCAUCCACGGCAUCAAGAGCAAAUACAUCCGCCAGGAGGCCGGGGGCCGCAGCAGGAAGGGGGAUAGGGGACUGCUGCCUCAGCCUUUCUUCUGGAGCCUCCUGAAGACCGUCACCCAUCGUAACGUGAUCACAGAGCUGGAGAAGAUCAGCUUUGUGGGCACAGACGUGGGUCGCUGUCGUGCUUGGUUACGUCUGGCCCUCAACGACGGCUUGCUGUGGUGCUACCUGGAAUCGCUGUUUCGGGAGAGCUCCAAGCUGCGAGCGCACUAUCAGCCUGGCGCCUUGCUGCUCAACGAGGAGGAGCGGGAUGUGCUGCUCAGCUACCUGCAGGGUCUGUCCUCUCUCUCGUUCAGCCUUUCGUACAAGUCGGCUGUCCUCAACGAAUGGACCACCACGCCUUUAUCCCUUGCCGGACUCUGCCCCCUGGCCCAGGCAGACACUCUGGGCCCACCUGUCAAUGGCACAGACCACGCCGCCUCCAAGCCUGCAUGUAAAGACUCCUGGGAUACAGUGUCACAGUCGUCAGGGUCGUCUGAUGCACCAGUGGUGCUGGUUGGGAGGGGUUCUGGAGGGUUCCAGGGGGGUACCCGAAGGCUGAACUCGUCCAGUUUAAGCCUGGACACCACAGGCUCCUCCCAGCUCUCCUCCAGCUUGAGCUCCGACAGCCUCCUCCAUGGGCAGGACCCCUGCAGCCCCGCAGGAGACCAGUGGUCAUCAUGUGAUCUUGACCCAACCUGGAAUGGAAGCAGCAGCACCAAGCAAACGUUGAAAGAUUCGCUUCCAAAGCUCCAGGAACACGGCAACUGCAGUCAGGACUCCAUGUGCGAAGACUCCUUUGUCUCCAGCAACGGUCCUGACCAGUUCUCGGACAGCGACCAGCCACCGAGUUCCAUUCUCUCUGACGCGGAGCCCCCUCCUUCGACCGCUGACCCACCGUCGCCUGGGCAGAACCGUGUCGAUCGCCUGCCCUCUGAAGGCUCGACUGCCGACCCCCUCCCUCGAAGCAAGCCUGUGUAUCAUGAGCAGCCUGUGGUCCAUGUGCCAGAGAAGGAGGUUGAAGACAGGUCAGAGUCUUCGGUGCGCUCCAGCUGCCGUCGCUCGCCGAGCGUCCUGAGCAGGAAUUUGUCUACAGAUUCUCUCACGCGUUCCCGCUCCUGGAUUUCUGAGGACGAUAUCUACAAGCCCCAUGUGGACGAGGAGUCAGACCAGGAGGAAGCGCCUCCCGCUGCCCCCUCAGAUUCUCAGUCGCCACCGUGUGUUGUGCAUCGUCGGCAAAUAGGCCUGUCCAACCCGUUCCGAGGUCUGCUGAAGCUGGGUCACCUGGAGCGCCGCGGCGCCAUGGGAAUGUGGCGCGACCACUUCUGCGAGCUGUCGCCCUUCGAGUUCCGCCUUUACCUCAAUGCCGAGGAGCGCAUGUGUUGCGACAACUGCUCCCUGCUGCGCUGCGAGGACGCCCGCCUCACCUCGCCCGACGGCCGCUUUGAGUUGGUCUUUCCCAGCAAGCGGUUGCACCUGAGGGCGACAAACCGGGAUGAAGCCGAGGAUUGGGUGGACCGGAUCGUGGAGGCUGUCAACAAGUGCCGGCCCGUGUCCCGUGUUGACGAGCAGUGGGAGGUGUUAGAGGCCCCGAGUGAGAACGGCGUGGAUGACGAGGCUUUCUCAUCCACCGCCCCCUGCAUCCCAGAGCGUAGCUCCUCCUCUGAUUUCACAGCUCCAACACUACAUGAAACAAACUGGACUCGCACAACAGAUUUGGAAACAGACGCCAUCAAAGAGGCUGUUCUUUACUGUUCCGUAGACCCCGAUGCUCGGACUUGGAACCCUCUCGUCUUGUCGCUCUCUUUGGAGUCCUUGAAAGGUUUUCGUGUCCAAGAAGGAAGAAAAUUGCUUCAACUAAGUGUUCCCAUUGAGGAAGUGAGGGACGUGGUUCCUGACGUCUCGCUGGGAGGACCAAACUUUUUUAAACUUCUGACGCUCAGAGAGACACUGCGACUCAGGGCGGAAAACACAGAGGAGGCACGCUCCUGGAGGAUUCUGAUUCGCGGUGCUCUAGAUUCUUACCUGGAGAGCGGUGAAGAGGCGGAGCUUGCGGUGGCGGCUGCAGUAGGCCACAGCGGUGCUGGAAACAUCCACAGACUGGUUCAGCACAGACUCAAAGAAGACGGAGCGCUGCUGGCCCAUCUGUGCACCGUGCCCCCGCAGAAGGGACUGGACACGCAGAACUUCAAAUGUGCAGGCUGCCCUCAGCAGAUUGGCCCCUCACUGGGACGAGGCCGCCUGUGCGAGUUCUCUGGCCGGUACUACUGUGACUCCUGCCACCGUGGCGACAUAAGCAUCAUCCCCUCGCGCAUGGUGCACAACUGGGACCUCAAUAAACGCGAGGUAUCGAAGAAGGCACUGUGGCUGCUGGCUCAAGUGGAGCAGGAGCCGCUGCUCAACCUGGAUCAGCUCAAUCCCGACUUGACCACGCACACGGAGUCCAUGGCACGGAUACAUAGCCUACGGCAGAGGCUGCAACUGCUGGGCGACUACCUGCUCACCUGCCGCAGUGGAGCCUGCAAGACACUCCAAACCAGGAUGGAGCAGCGAACCUACCUGUUGGAGUCCAGCGUCCUGUACAGCGUGCUGGACCUGCGCCAGAUAGCCGAGAAGCAGUACGCCGCCUACCUGAUGUCACUAUGUCAGUUCGCCUGUAGCCACGUAUUCCGCUGCGAGCUGUGCACACAGCGAGGCUUCAUCUGCCAGAUGUGCCAUGCUAGCGACAUCAUCUUCCCCUUCCAGUUUGACAGCACUGCCAGGUGCAAGGCAUGCAAGGCAGUGUUCCAUCGGGCCUGCAUGGCGCCAGGCCGCUGCUGCCCUCGGUGUCUGCGAAUGAAGAAAUACCUGGACCGAGAUUUGCAGGACUGAGGGUGGCCAGCAAGGGGCGCCCUCGUUCCUCCUUUGGACUGAGCAGCCAAACUCAAGCAACCUCAAGUGCAAUUAUUAUUAUCAUUAUUAUUGUUAUCACUGGUGAAGUGAGGGGGAUGCAUCACAGGUAAACUGAUCCUAAUUUAUUGACGUGACUUUUCAUCAUGAAGUAAUAUAUCUAUUUUUUGUAUGCAGAGUUCUGUUCCAUGAGUCUUAUGUUAGAUAUAUAAACAAGAGAUAUUAAGGGCUUUCUAUGCAAAAAAAAAAAAAAAAAAAAUUAGCACUUGAUUUUAGUAAAUAAUCCAACGUGCCUUAGAGUUUUUUUUUUUUUAUGGCCACGUAGCGGCUGCAUUUUUUUCUCCAAUGAGACUCGUGUUCAAGAGCCACCUCUUGCUAUGUUUUCACACUUUUUUUUUUUUAAAGUUGGUGCUGGAAAUGAAGACGACAAGUGACUUUGCAUACACGGCUGCAACUGUUAGCUGGUAAUAUUUGGGUCUGUGUGUGACAGAGCUCCACUCGCUCUCUAACAAAGCACACUUUGACACGUGAAUCUUUUGAUACAAUGAGUUGCUAGUACACCACUCAACUCUUUGUAUGUUUAUGAUUUAUUCACGGCCAAAUAAAUGUCCAAUUGAUA